GCUUCUUCCUCUUUCUCUCCCCUCCUCGCUGCAAGCCCCUCAGACAUCUUCAAGCACUUGCACUUGUUCCCUUUGUGUAAACAGCUACUCUGGACCAGCUUGGUACAUCCACGUGAUGACUUGGACAUCAUCUUCUAAAGAGGAAGACCUCUUGCUUUGUGAUCCUGAGCUUCUCCGACCUUGGACACCUGAAUCCGGGAAGAACCUGAACAGCUUCCUACAUUGUGCUUUCUGAGGUUUGCUAAGAAGGGUUUGUUGGACAACUAAUGGAUUCUUCAUAAUCGUGAUUAGGUGAACUUUAAAAGACUUUAGUGUUUAGAUAUAGUAUUGUCAACAGACAGCCAUUGUACAGCUAACAAGAUGAAUGCCAUUAAGUGUGUACUGGUGGGUGAUUCUGCUGUAGGAAAGACUGCUCUUCUUGUCCGAUUCACAUCUGAGGCUUUUCCAGACUCUUACAGGCCAACGGUCUAUGAAAAUACAGGUGUUGAUGUAUUUAUGGACGGUGUUCAGAUCAGCCUUGGACUUUGGGACACAGCAGGCAAUGAUGCCUUCAAAAGCAUCCGUCCUUUAUCGUUUCAGCAUGCGGACAUUGUCCUAUUGUGCUUCUCCGUGGCCAACCAUGCUUCUUUUUUAAAUGUGAGAAACAAGUGGAUUACUGAAGUUAGACAACACUUACCGAACAUUCCAGUGCUAGUGAUAGCAACUCAGACUGACCAAAGGGAAAUGGAUCAAAUGCGGAUACCAUGCAUUAACUCGAUGGAUGGAAAACAACUGGCUCGGGAUGUAAAAGCCAAAGGUUACUUGGAGUGUUCUGCUCUAAGCAACAGAGGGGUCCAGCAAGUGUUUGAGUGUGCAGUGAGGACAGCAGUCAAUCAGGCUAAAAAGAGAGCUAGAAGAAAACGGUUUUCUGUAAAUGAGUGCAAAAUUAUUUGAGUAUAAGGCGUGAUAUGUUUUGUCUACAUGGAGAGAAAUGUAUGUACUUCCACAAAGAACUUGAUUGAAACACCUCUCCAACUGACUUCUAAGGAACAUUUUAUAUGACUUGCAGUAAAACCAUCUUAACUUUUAAUUUAAUUUAUUACUACAUCCCCAAGCCUACGAAGGUGCUUAGAUUAUUUGUAUUCUACUUUGCACUGCUGAAAUAGGUUUUGACACCUAUGACCUAUCAAGAAGGCAACUAAAGGUUCUUUAAAAAUAAAGUGGGGGAAUAAAGUGACAAAAAAAUUAUAAAAUGUAAAAAAAAAAAAAUAUUUAUUAAUUUAAAUAUGUACAUAAGCAAUAGUACAAAAGCACAUCUGUUCUUUGUUUUAUGAGGACAGGAGCAUUAGUUAAAUCGAGUCACUGGAGUUUUAGCCAGAGGGUUUGUUUGACACUUUUCAUUGAAACCUGAAAAGUUGCUAUGAUCAAAUCUGAAAAGGUCCCAUAACAGCUUAACAUGUUCCUUACAUUUAUCUUGGCUAGAAUAUUUUGGAUUUCUACAAUUUCGGUGAUUUCUGAUGGUUUCCUAGAAACAAUAAGUCUAAUGUGUAUUAUGUAGAAUGUUAUGUUCUAUUAGUUUAUUUAUCUUAAAUCAGUAAAAGAAAGUCCAAAAAAUAUUUCUAAAAACUGAAGAUAUUUUUUCACGCUAAUAAAACCAUUGAAAAUGUUUUUUUACCCCUAAGUGCCCAUUUCAUUUUAUAGUUAUUAUAUGCAUUUUUAUUUUGUCAAUGUAAUUUUGUUUGGGACAUUCAUUUGAAAUUGAAUUUUUUAAUUUAUAAAAAUAGCAGUCAUUAACAAAAGUUAUAUAUUGUGAUUACUGUUGUUUUUUUUUUUUUCUUGUGUUGCCUGAAUACGUAAAGAUGCAACGCAGAUCGCAAUGAUCUCCUCCUACCUGAUGUAACUCGUAAAGUGAUGCGAUAAAAUAA